UGCCAUCUUGUGGUAAAUUAUUCCAUUUUUCCGGUUUCUGCAGUUUUUUACUCCUGAAAAUUAUCACACGUGUGUAAUUCUGAAGUUAAUCAUUUAUUAAUUUAACACUUUGUUUCAUUUUAUUAAUAAAUACCAUGGCUGAAUGGGAGCUUACUAAUAAGUUGGGUCAAUAUUUAGAUCGUCAUCUGGUAUUCCCCUUACUUGAGUUUUUGUCCACAAAUCAUAUUUAUAAUGAAGAUGAAUUAUUACAAGUCAAGCUCGGCCUGCUUAACAACACCAAUAUGGUUGACUUUGCCAUUGAUGUUUGGCAACAGCUAAAUCCUGAUCAAAUCCCACCAGACCAAUUUAUGGAAAACAGAAUUAAGGUCGUUAAACAGUUGAAAGAACUUGAAAGUGUUACUCGACCCAUAUUAGAAUUGCUCACUAAUGAAGCUAUUAGUCAAGAAAUUGCUAAGGCUCGAGACGUCCGUCAAUUACUGGAUUAUUUACAAAAAAAUCAUGGGUUUAAUCCAGACAUGAUCGAUAGCUUAUUAGAAUUUGCUAAAUUUCAAUAUGAAUGUGGUAACUACUCUGGUGCCGCUCAAUAUCUAUCCUCCCAUAGAAUGCUUAUUUCUCCAAAUGAUAAAAAUUAUCUUAGCAACUUGUGGGGAAAGUUGGCCUGCGAAAUAUUGAUGCAGCGAUGGGAAGCUGCUUUGGAGGAUUUUAAUCGUCUCAAAGAAUUCAUAGACAGUUAUCCCUUUUUCGCAAACCAAUUACAUCUUUUACAACAAAGAACAUGGCUAAUUCAUUGGAGUUUAUUUAUAUUUUUCAACCAUUCCCAAGGACGUGAUAUGUUAAUUGACAUGUUUCUUGAGAAGAAAGUAAAUUAUCCAAAACAACAAACGAAUAAUCCAUAUUUGAAUGCUGUUCAAACUAUGUGUCCACAUAUAUUGAGGUACUUGACUACCUCUGUCAUCACACAUCGUAAACGACGAGAGCACAUGAAAGAGUUGGUUAAAGUUAUCCAACAAGAAUCAUAUACAUAUCGUGAUCCAAUCACUGAAUUUGUUGAGUGUCUAUGUGUCAACUUUGAUUUUGAUGGAGCUCAAAAGAAACUUCGUGAAUGUGUUGAAGUCUUCGAUCAUGAUUUCUUCUUAGUUGCUUUAAAAGAUGAUUUCAUCGAAAAUGCUCGUCUGUUUGUCUUUGAAAUUUUCUGUCAAAUCCAUGAAUGUAUAUCCAUUGGUAUGCUUGCUGAAAAACUCAACAUGACUCCAGAAGAAGCUGAGAAAUGGAUUGCAAAUCUGAUUCGGCAAGCCAGAUUGGACGCUAAAAUUGAUUCAAAAUUGGGUCAUGUUGUCAUGGGUACUCAAGCUGUUUCUCCUUAUCAACAAUUGAUUGAAAAGACAAAGGCUAUGGGAAUCAGAUGCCAAGUACUAACCAUGAAUCUGGAAAAGAAAUUACACUCUGUACAAGAAAGAGGAUGGGAUCUUUCAUAAUUCUUAAACUUAUAAUUUAAUCAUUUGAUAUAUGAUUAAAGAGCGCAUUAUAACUGCAAUGUUUGGUGAAAUCCUUAAAAUUUCCUUUAGAA